AUGCGCUCUGCUCCUAUCAUCAGCGCCUUUGUCGCGCUCGCCAAGGCCCAAGAUCUUGUCUGGCAGGUCAUUGACGAUGCUCCCGAGCCGCCUCACACCACCGUCCCCAUUGGUGCUUCCCCAACCGUCGUUCCUUACGAUGCCAACGCUGCUGCCGCCAGUGUCGUCGCCGAGGUCAAGGCCAGCCCGCUUCCCCAGGAGACUGCGCCUGUCAAGUCGGAGAAGAAGCGUCUCGUUGAGCGCUCCGCUUGCGAGCCUCAGCCCGUCGGAUACGGCCCCGUCUCGAACCCCGACACUUCGGCCGCUUUCCUGAGCGACACGGACCUCUCGUCGGCUGCCAACAAUGCUGCCACUCCCUCUGGUUACUUCAACACCUUCAAGAACCUGCAGGGAUCCAGCAGUGCCUAUGGCUACAUGGGUUACACUACCCUCACUAGCUACGACACUCAGGCUUGCGCUUCCAAGUGCGAUGCCAUUAACGGCUGUGUUGCUUUCAACAUCUACUUCGAGCGCGACCCCUCUAUUGAACCCGCCGAUGCCUGCCCCAACCCGGCCAGCACCAAUGUCAUCAAGUGUGUUUUCUGGGGUGGUCCCGUCUACGAGAACACCGCCACCAACCGCGGCCAAUGGCGCAACCAGUUCGAGGUUGUGAUUGCCGGAUCCAACGGCUACGUUGCCCAGCGUGCCGAUGACCAGGCCGGCUACAGCUCCGCCGUCUACUUGGGAGAUAACUCCAUCAACGCUCCCCUCGACUGCGCUGGAUACGACACCUUCUUGGGUUCCAAGAUCUUCACCGACGGUCCCUUCGAUCCUAAGCUCUGCGCUGCUGCCUGUACCGCUCAGUCCGAGUACAACGUUGCUCACCCUCCCGCGAACGCCCCCGCUCAGACCUGCCAGUUCUUCAACACCUUCUUCGUCUUGAAGAAUGGAGUUCCCGAGGGACAAUACUGCUCCUUGUACUCCAAGUCCUGGGACAACAGCUAUGCCCUUCUCCUACACCAACGCCACGGACGCCGGCAAGCCCAGAAUCCCUUGCGCCGUCGCCAGUGCCAGCUCUGCCAUUGUCACCUCCAGCCUUCAGCCUUACUGCUCCUCUCUCCUCGCACCACUACCCAGCUGGUUGCCGUUACCAAGCAGCUCAAGCGUGACCUGCCUCCCCGUCCCACCACUACUUGCCUCCACGAUGACCCCACUCCCCUCGACCACUCCAUCAAGGUCAGACGUGGUCUCUGGGCCCGCGAUGAGCCUCUCGUCAACGGUACCAAGGAUGAUGAUGGAAACUUCGUCGAUGUUGUUGCCCUUCCCGAUGUCACUCCUUCCAACACCACCACUCUCAGAAAGGCUCGCCGCGAUGGUACCCCCGCUGGUCUUUCCGGAUUCUCUGCCGAUGUCGUCUCUUCUGCUUGCUCUCUGCUCGCCACCCCUGUGACCAGCACCAUGACCGCCUCCGCUACCACUGUCCAGACUAUCACCAGCGGCGCGGCUUUGAGCACCACCACUGCAGCCACUAGCACCGUCAUCGUCGUCCAGACUGUCACUUCUACCACCACCAUCAACGUCGCCGCCAGCGCUCCUACUGGUACCAUCGGCUACCUCAGCAUCAACCCCAUCGUCAACCCCAACUCCCAGUACGCCCUGUCCGACGAUGCCACCCACAUGACCGACAACUGGUACAAGCAGGGCAGCCGUGAGACCUUCAUUGUGGCCGCAGACGGCAGCCUCUACUCUGUCACCCACAACGCCUACUACUACAUCGACACCUCGUCCACUUACAGCUUGCUCUACUGGUCCAACAACAAGAGCAGCGCCAUGAAGAUCUUCUCCUACACCACUCUCGCCAACGGCAACUCCCAGGUCUUCAUGAACUCCAAUGGCAAGGCCUACCAGUUCUGCAUCCGCCAGGCGAGCAAGGUUGGCGACGGCAACACCGGCUCUGGCCAGCACAUCUACGCCUUCUCCACCGCGACUGCACCUCUCAGCUACUGCACCAUCGUUGAUUUGAUCAUUAUCCCUGCAUAA